GAUGAAUCUAUUGCUUGAUCUCUGGUGUAAUGAGGGGCUCAGUAGAAUUCAGUGAAGAUAUAAAAGGAUCAUGUCUCCUAUAUGAAUUGACCUCCUCAAUCAAGGAAAUGCGCCCCUUCAAGGCCAUCGUGGCAUUCUCUGCCAUUGUCACAGCUUCACUGACCGAUAUCUGCACCGUCUCUUCUAUCCAAAAAGCACUACCAUCCAACAUCCUCCCCGGCCUCACAAUCGACCCUUCCUCCCUCACUACAUCAGUUAACACCAACUCCACCGUCUCCUCAAAUGACUACCCCACCGCCAUAAUCGACUACUGCGCCGUCACAUUCGCCUACUCCCACGCCGGCCUCAACGACUCCGUCCUCGUCCAAUACUGGCUUCCUGCGCCUGAUGACUUUAAAAACCGCUAUCUCUCCACUGGCGGGGGCGGGUAUGCAAUUAAUUCAGGGAAUAGGUCACUCCCCGCUGGCGUGCAGUAUGGUGCUGUUUCAGGCAUGACGGAUGGUGGUUUUGGAAGUUUCGAUACACAAUUCGAUGCUGUCUCAUUACUGGCUAAUGGAACGCUGAACUGGCCGGCUGUUUAUAUGUUUGGGUAUCAGGCUCAUCAUGAACUUACCCUGAUCGGGAAGACAUUCGCCCGGAAUGUCUACGACAUGGAGGAUAACACGAAGCUGUAUGCGUAUUAUCAAGGCUGUUCAGAAGGCGGUCGUGAAGGAUGGAGUCAAUUACAGCGGUAUCCGGAAGAAUGGGACGGUGCUAUCACUGGUGCUCCAGCGUUUAGAUUCUCGCAUCAGCAGGUGCAGCAUCUUUAUUCGAAUGUGGUGGAGAAGACGGUGGAUUAUUAUCCGUCGCCGUGUGAGUUUGAGAAGAUUGUGAAUGAGACUAUCGCGGCGUGUGAUGCUCUCGAUGGGAGGAUAGAUGGGGUUGUUGCGCGUACGGAUCUGUGCAAGUUGCAUUUCGACAGUUCGUCUAUUGUUGGGAAGAAUUAUUCUUGUCCUGUGUCUACUUCGAGUUUGAAGAGACAGAUGAGUGUUUCAAUGCCUGCUCAGAGCGGAACCGUCUCUGCCAAAGCAGUCGAGGUUGCUCAGACCAUCAUCGACGGACUGAAAGAUUCGCAGGGUCGACAGGCAUACUUUUCCUACCAACCAGCUGCAUCAUUCGAAGACGGCCAGACUGCAUACAACACCGAGACAGAACAAUGGGAACUCAGCAUCAGCAGCUUUGGCUCUGAAUUCGUGCAACGCUUCCUCAACCUCGUCAAUUCAUCUUCCCUGCCCACACUCGACAACGUCACUUACGAUACCCUCCGCGACUGGAUGUACACUGGAUGGCAGAAAUAUGAAGACAGCCUGCAAACGACAAGGCCGGAUUUGUCAACUCUCCAAGCAGCAGGUGUGAAGGUGUUGCAUUACCACGGUGAAUCGGAUAAUAGCAUCCCCACUGCGUCGUCUGUGCAUUACCAUGAAUCCGUGCGGAGGAUCAUGUAUCCCCAUCUUUCGUUUAAUGAGAGCUCUGGUGCAAUGGGGGAUUGGUAUCGUCUGUUUCUUGUCCCUGGGGGUGCACAUUGUUCGCCUAACACGGCGGAACCGAAUGGGCCGUGGCCGCAGACGAACCUGGGUGUGAUGAUUGACUGGGUGGAGAAUGGAGUGAAGCCGGUGACGUUAAAUGGAACGGUGUUGGAUGGGGAGAUGAAAGGGGCGAAUCAGCAGAUUUGCGCAUGGCCAUUACGGCCGAUUUGGGAGAAUGGGAAGAUGGAGUGUGUAUCAUCAGCCUUCGAUCGAUUCAUGGCUGUAUUCGUUGGAUUCGUUCAAUAUGCCUGUCUACUAGCUAUACAAUCAAUGCUUCUUCUUCUUCUGCCGUUCAGCCUUGUCCAUGCUCACUUCCGCUCGUCUCGCUGCCUCUUGUGCAUUCUCACUCAAUCCCUCGGCCACUCUCAUCUCCCCGAAUCGCGUCUUCCAAAAGGUCCAUCUUUCCAAGCUAAGCCCCUUCUCGCCAUGCCAGAGUUGGCUCUCAUCGCCCCAAGUUGUGGUGUAUCUACUUCCUGCUUUAUUCCACAAUUCAUUCUCCAACAUGUCUUUCGCCGCGUGGAUAAAGUACUGCGCGGCAGCGGUGAUAUCGCCGUCUUGUCUGGCGGUCGGUUUGGUCAGGUCGACUUUCUUCUCUAGUGCGUCGACGACCAGACGUAGAGCCCAGUACUGCGUUUUGAGAACAGAGACGGAGAGAAGACGCGCGGUGAAAGCGUUGUAAUUCACCCAUUGGGCACUGGUGGGAUCGGUAAGGUUUCCUAUCUCGCUGUGGUCGGAUGCGAGGUAAUCAUAUGUCGCCCGCCAACUCUCCGGAAGAUACGUCUUUUUUUCCUCUGCCCAGUCAAUGUCGCCCGGUUCUGCGGUGAAGAAUUCCUGGACCAGAGCGACUAGAUCAUCGUGUGCUUCUUCGUAGUCCUUUGCGAGAAAAAGUAUCAUCGUCCACAGUCGGCCGGUGAAUGAUGAGUUCCAUUGUGGCGGGG